GCGGCGAGAGUAGCGGCAUCGUCGAGCGUCCUCUCGUGAGGAUCACGCCAAGAGGAGUCGUCAGGAUCGAGGAGAAGACGCCCGACGAGGUUGCUUUAUCCUCGACUAAACCGGUACGGCGUGGUGGUGGGGUGGUAAAAGUGGCAGGAUGGGAGAGGAGCAGGUGAGAAUAGCUAGGAGUGGGAAAGAAGCAGCAAAGAUGUCGGGGAGCAAGGGCACGCUGAUGAACGAGGAAAGAAUCGAUAUAGAGAAACCCUAUUGGGAUCAGAGCACGUACCAGGGUAGGGCGUUGCACUUCCUCACCGUCACCAACCCUUUGAAUCUGUUCGUCGGCGCUGAACGAUUCGAGCAUGCACGAGACGUGGUCACCAAGUACAGGAAAGGGGAUAACCUGAAGCAAUUGGGUAUCACGGAAGACGAAUUAUGGAAAUGCAAAUACCUGUACGACAGUGCUUAUCACCCGGACACAGGCGAGAAAAUGCUGUUGAUAGGACGUAUGAGCGCCCAAGUUCCUAUGAACAUGUUCAUCACAGGAUGUAUGUUGACGUUCUAUAAAACCACAGCACACGUGAUCACCUGGCAAUGGGUGAACCAAUCGUUCAACGCCCUCGUAAAUUACACAAAUCGCAGCGGUUCAAGCCCAAUCCCCAUGGACACCAUUCUACAAAGCUACGCUGCAGCUACGGGAGGAGCUGUGGUAACAGCGCUAGGCUUAAAUCGACUUUGCCGCAGCGCACCACCUCUGGUGGGUCGACUGGUACCUUUUGCGGCAGUGGCCGCUGCCAACUGCGUGAACAUCCCCUUCAUGAGAAUGUCAGAACUACAAAAUGGUAUCGAGCUACAAACGGAGGAGGGUACGAAAGUUGGCAACAGCAAAUACGCCGCUAAAAAGGCUAUCGCUGCGGUCACACUGUCUCGCAUUCUUAUGGCUUCGCCAAGCAUGAUACUGGCGCCUAUUAUAAUGAACUUCAUGGACCGAAAACAAAUGCUACGUAACGCAAAGUGGGCUGUGGUACCCAUACAAGUGGCGCUUUGUGGAAUCUGUUUAACAUUCGCCACGCCGCUUUGCUGUGCUCUUUUCGUUCAACGAGUGCCGAUUUCGGUGGACGACUUGGAACCGGAAGUACGGGAGCAGGUGCUCUCGAAAGAUCCUGGCCUUCGAACGGUGUACUACAACAAAGGUCUUUGAACAGCUCUCAGAAACGCUGGUCUGAGAAUAUGUAUAAUAUUAAAAAGAAUGUAUCCGGCGAGUUGGAAUUAAUUCCAGUACGAUGUAUCGCGAAUUUCUACGACUAGAACUCACUAGAAACUACGUGAAUCAGAAAUCUGGGUGCAGACAUAUCUGUCUUUCUGAACGCCGAAUAAAACUCUACAGAAUGGUAUUACCAUCGUAAGAUCG